AUGUGGAAGGUCGCUCAGGAUCGGCUAAGACAGCUCCGCUACCAACGGGUUGCGACCUCCAGCGUGGACGAUGGCGAUGAGAUUUCCUACUCAUCAGAGCUGACUUUGCCGGUGGUCGACGACGCUGAGUUCAUUCAAAGCAAGCGAAACCUGCGAACACUGGUCACGUUUGCGUUCUCAUCGCUUUGUCUUUUCACAUCAGUCUCAUGGUUCCUGUACAGACUUCGCCAUCAGGUCACAGAUGAGCGAUGUCCGGUUUUGGAUGCCGUGAAGUUUGAGUGGACGACGUUUUCCGAUACCUUUGAGCCAGACGUGUACAGUGGGUAUCCUUCAACCGCGUCAGAGAAAGCCUGGGGAGCUUUAUGGGAUUUUGGCGCCUUCAGCGUCCCGGUCGAGUCCUUGAGUGGGCUGAACAAGUCUUCGUCCACCGGAGACUUCAGGCUUGUGGACCCAAAGCAUGGUCAUGGCGUUGGCGGUCUCCUCGAAGGCGCACAUCAGAUUCAUUGCCUGAAUCUCGUCAGGCAAUUCAUCUACAGAGACCACUGGGACUAUAGUCAAUUGCCGUCCUUUAGCGGGGGCGAGAAGACCCGUCGGCAUCACGUCGACCACUGCAUCGCGACUCUGAGAACUGUGUUUACCUGCCUAAGCGAUGUGACGCCUUAUGUGCUCGUGGAAUCGCCGGCGGACGGAAAGGUCAAGGGCAGGGGACUGCCGCACAAGUGUCGAGUGUAUCAAGACAUGGUCAAUUGGGUCAAUGAUCAUUCCGUGUUCGACAGCAUCGAGUGA